AUGAGCGGCAGAGGAAAAGGAGGCAACAAAGGCGAAACAUCCUCCAAAGGCACCAGAAUCGCCAUUGUCAGCACCGACAAGUGUAAGCCCAAGAAGUGUAGACAAGAAUGUCGUAAGUCCUGUCCCGUGGUGAAAACAGGAAAGCUCUGUAUCGAGGUCACUCCGGCCAACAAGAUUGCGUUCAUCAGUGAGAACUUGUGUGUGGGUUGUGGUAUUUGUGUCAAGAAAUGUCCCUUCGAUGCCAUCACCAUCAUCAACUUGCCUACCAACUUGGAGGCAGAAACCACCCACAGAUACUCGGCCAACUCGUUCAAGUUGCAUCGUUUGCCCACACCCAGACCGGGCCAGGUCUUGGGUUUGGUCGGUACCAACGGUAUCGGUAAGUCCACCGCGUUGAAGAUCUUGGCGGGUAAGCAGAAGCCCAACUUGGGUCGCUACGACAACCCACCCGACUGGGAGGAGAUCUUGAAGUACUUCCGUGGUUCCGAGUUGCAGAACUACUUCACCAAGGUGUUGGAGGACAACAUCCAUGCCAUCAUCAAGCCCCAGUACGUGGACAACAUUCCUCGUGCUUUGGCCAAGAGUGAGAUCAAGACCGUGGAGGGCAUCUUGAAGGCCAAGUUGCAGAGAACCGAGCACUGGGACUACAUCAUCCGUCUUUUGGAGUUGAAGCACGUCAUGAACAGAGAAAUCGCCAACUUGUCUGGUGGUGAGUUGCAGCGUUUCGCUCUUGGUAUGACCUGUGUUCAGGACGCCAACGUCUACAUGUUCGAUGAGCCAUCGUCGUACUUGGAUGUCAAGCAGCGUUUGAGAGCCGCCGAGUUGAUCCGUUCUGUUUUGGACUCCACCACCUACGUCAUUUGUGUGGAGCACGACUUGUCUGUCUUGGACUACUUGUCCGACUUCAUCUGUCUUUUGUACGGUGCUCCUUCGGUGUACGGUGUGGUGACUUUGCCAUCCUCCGUCAGAGAAGGUAUCAACAUUUUCUUGGAUGGUUUCAUUCCAACCGAGAACAUGCGUUUCAGAGAAGAGUCUUUGCAGUUCCGUUUGGCUGACGCGGCCGAUGGCUUGAUCUUGGACCACUCCUCCGCUUUGUCCUACCCUCACUUGAAGAAGACCCAAGGUGACUUCUUCCUUGAGGUCGAGAAGGGUGAGUUCACCAACUCCGAGAUCUUGGUCUUGUUCGGUGAGAACGGUACCGGUAAGACCACCUUCUGUAAGAUUUUGGCUGGUGCUUUGGAGGCUGAUGGCAAGCCAGAGAUUCCUAAGAUGAGCAUUUCCAUGAAGCCCCAAAAGAUUGCUCCUAAGUUCCCAGGUACCGUCAGACAAUUGUUCUUCAAGAAGAUCAAGGGUGCUUUCUUGAACCCACAGUUCCAGACCGAUGUCGUCAAGCCUUUGAACAUCGACAACAUCAUCGACCAGGAAGUCCAGGUUCUUUCCGGUGGUGAGUUGCAGAGAGUCGCUCUUGUGUUGGCUUUGGGUAUCCCUGCAGAUAUCUACUUGAUUGAUGAGCCAUCUGCCUACUUGGACUCCGAGCAACGUAUUGUGUGUUCCAAGGUCAUCAGAAGAUUCAUCUUGCACUCCAAGAAGACCGCAUUCAUCGUCGAGCACGAUUUCAUGAUGGCCACCUACUUGGCCGACCGUGUCAUUGUCUUCGAGGGUGAGCCAUCCAAGAACGCUCUUGCCAAGUCUCCUGAGUCGUUGUUGACCGGAUGUAACCGUUUCUUGAAGAACUUGAACGUUACCUUCAGAAGAGAUCCAAACUCUUUCAGACCAAGAAUCAACAAGAAGGACUCUCAAAUGGACAAGGAGCAGAAGCUUGCUGGUAACUACUUCUUCUUGGACACCUCUGAGUUGUAG